GACCCAGACCCAGACCCAGGCCCUGUUGAUGAGUGGGAAUAGACAUCAUGGAGAGGGCCUGCUGCGCGAAUCUUUGGUUGCAUAAUUUUUUCAUUUUAUUUUUGGGCUCGUUGGCCUGCUUUUGUCCAUAAUGAGAUAUCUCUAUUCUCCUUUGUUUCUUUCCGUCAGUUUUUUUGUUGUCCAUUGUGUUCGGCGGGGUGUGCGUGUGUGUGUGUGUGUGUUCUGUUGUUUUUGCAUUUCGCUGAAUGCCGCUGGGAAAUUGGUACAGCUGAAAGGAACACAAGAAAAGAAGUGGAAAUCCACGGAAUGCCAAUGAUGGCGUCGAGGUGGUGGCCUUAUUAAUUAGACCGGCUCUCUUUUUUUUCCAUCUGAGUACUCGUAUAUGAGCAUAUGAAAACAUCUUCCAUGGGGAUACAACCCGAGUCAGUGCUGGCAAAAUGUUAUUUGCAUUUGAAUGGGCAUAAUCCAGAACGCAGGCAAGAGACUACGACCUAAAAAUACUUUUAAAAAAAUACGUAGAAAAUCCGAGAUCCAAGUAGGCAACUAGAAGUUGAUCCAAAAUUCAAGCGAAUCAGUUUCUCCACUACGUGAAACAUUUUUAAUAGUCAUCGGAGUAUUUUUGAUUUAGUAAGGCGAUGUCCAAGCUGCCGAAAGAGUUUCCCCGCUUGCUCAGACCGGGUUCGGGUGUUCGGGAUGAACUGAAGCAGAAGAUAGAGGAAUUCGAGGCCAUGCAGAUCGAGCGUACGCAGCUUGAUCACGAAAUCAGUUUGUUGCGCAAGCGGCAGAAUGAUGCUGAGGACCGUGUGGCGGAGGAACUGGCUGAGAACGAGUUCCAGAGCUGUCUGAGGGCAGAACAAGUCAUGGAGCGCAGCUGUACAGAUCUACCAAAUAUGUUUAAUCAGCAUCUAGGAUGCAUUGUCGACGAGUUGGCUGUUAAGUUUAAGCGAAUGUUUUACCUUGAUAUCGACAUAAGGAAGCUUACGGCAUCUAUCGAGAGCGAUAUUGCUGCGGACAAUGAGAAGUUGAAGUCUUUUUAG